AUGGCUACCGGCUCUGCCACCCCGAGCGCCGCAGCGACGUCCGCUGGGCCCCCGACACAGAAAGUUAGCGACGUGAUCUCGAGCUUCCGGCCUUCCAGACGCUUCAAGCCUGGCGACUCGCGAACGUCCGUGACUUCCCUAGACUUCGACGACACUGGCGAGCUUGCGAUUGUCGCCCGCGACGAUGAUACGCUGCAAAUCUACAACUGCAAGGAGGGCAAGCAUGCGAAGGAAUUGAAGAGUCAGAAGUACGGCGUGCAUCUCGCGCGUUUCUCGCAUCACGCACAAAGUAUCAUAUACGCCAGCACGAAAGUGGACGACACUAUCCGCUUCCUCUCCACCCACGAUAAUUCAUACAUCCGCUACUUCCGCGGCCACACCGACACAGUAACAUCCAUCUCCCUGUGCCCCUCCUCCGACACCUUCAUCUCCUGUUCCCGCGACAACACGGUCCGAAUAUGGAACCUCCAAUCCAACAACCAUCAAGGCCUCCUCCGACUCCACGCGCCCUACCUCGCCGCGUAUGAUCCAUCGGCCACCGUCAUCGCCAUCGCCUCACCGCCAACACACUCCGUCCUACUCUACGACAUCCGGAACUACGACAAAGCCCCCUUCGCAACCUUCGACCUGCUCGACCUCGAACAACGAUUCCUCGGCCCACAAGGCGGAGACUGGACGAAGAUGGAAUUCACGAACGAUGGAAAGAGUCUUGUGAUUAGUACCACGGGGACCGGCCACUUCAUCCUCGACGCCUUCUCCGGCGAACUCUCCCACUUCUGCUACCGUAAAUCCGGACAUUCAGGCCGUCUUGCCCCGGGCGCUUCACCCCCCGGUCACGGCGCAAACAUAACGAACGGCACCUCUCCCGCACUCGGUCAGGGCGAUGUAUGUGUCACGCCAGACGGCCAGUAUCUCGUCGGAGGAAGCGGCGAUGACGGCCUACUCGUAUGGGACAUUUCGAAGCCUCCCGCGCCGAAUAACUUCCUCGAGCCAGUGGAGAAGUUGCCGGGGUAUGGGAAAGCGGCUGUGGUGGGGUACAAUCCUAGGACGAAUGUGUUGGCGAGUGCCGAUCACGACCUUUUGCUUUGGCAGCCGGAUCCGGAUUUGAUGAUGUGA